UUCAAACACAGACAAACAGCGCUUUACUACGAGCCCAGAAGUGUCGCGCUGCACGCAUGACAACAGAAACGAGUCCUCCUGAGAGCAGACUGUGAGGCUCUGAACCGCUCCACACGACGCGCCUUCAACUUUCCCGAAAACAGCCAGAGAGAGAAGAGGCUGGCGGAGGACGGACACGUUUUCAAACCUUCUUCUCUGGAGGAGGAUUUUUGGUGAAAAGGUGGAGAAGCCGAGGGGACCGGCGGCGGCGUCGAACAAGUUGGUGCAUGGAAGAAAAAAAAAAAAAAAACACACACACACACACAGAAGAGGAGCAGAUGAGAAGUUUGUUCUGGUGCACGAGCCGCGUACCUGCAUGUUGUGUGUGUUUGUAGCGACAGACACUCAGACAGAGGAGAGCCAUCCUUUGCUCUGUGAUAUCACUCAGAGCUAAAACAGAGUCCCGGAGAAGCCUCGGAGCGAGCAGCGCUCAGCGGUGGGUGCAGAUUUUGCUGCGGCGUGGAGCUGCUGCUGCUCCCUGAAUGCAGAGGAAACACUGAAAGCCGUUCUCCAGACCUCCCUGCAGCUUCAGGGGAGAUUGUCAGAUGUGUACCCAGCACUCAAAGCCCCUGGCCUGGCCGCGGGGAUGGCAGCCUCUGCCCUGAACCUGAACGGCCUCGGAGUCAUGAACAGCAGUAAUCAGUUUCACUCCCAGCCAGGCUCCUCUAGCACCACCUCUGCAGCGAGAGCCAGUCCGGUCAGUCUACCUGUGCUGCCGGUUCCAGAUCGCAGCACCUGCUGUCAGUUACUGGGUGGGGGCGCGCUCGGUGGAGGUCUCUACAGCCCAACCAGCCCUAAGACGAGCCCUCGAACCCUGGGUCGAACCUUUGUCUUCCCCGCGUCGCCCUUGCUCUCCCCCGGCCGCGCUCGCUCGCCCUCCCCGCGAAGCCCCGAGCUCCUGGGAGUCAAUGUGGGCCAGCGGGUCCGACGACUGAGCUCGCCCGGCGGUGAGGAGAGAGGCGGAGGAGAGGGCCAGGAGGAGAGGGGAGGAGAGACGGGAGAGAAGCGAGAGGACAGGAGACGCCAGGCGCAGCUGCUGCAGAUACACAGAGAGCUGCAGAACGUUGAGGUCAGGGGAAAAGUUGGCAUUUUCGAGGCCCACAUUUCCGGUAUUCGUGCCCAGGUGCUUAACAGUGAGCUCCAGCGCAGUCCUCGGUCUCCAAGACGGUCGCCCAGCCAAACUCCUUCCAGUCCCAGCCAGCGAAACACAGCCCUCGACUGCCCAAUGACCCACCCACAGGAGAGUAAAGUCCCCCCUGUUGUCCAGAAUGGAAGAGAGAGGGAGGGAGAAACAAUGGAGGGAGAAAGGAGAGGGGGGAGGGAUGAAGGUGCGAAGGACAGCAAGGCCACUAAAACAAACACUGAGAAGACACUGAUUGGUCAAAAUGGCCGCCAUCCCGAAACAUUGAUGCAGACGCCCUGUUUGGAUGGACCGUUUGUUGUUCGGGGUUCCCACGAGGCAUCAAACGCAGAUGCAACAGCAGACAGAGAGAAAAAAGAGGGAGAGAAAGACAGAGAGGAGGUAGACAACAAACAGAUGGUGGGAGACCAAAGAGGACGGACAGAGAGAGAAGUGAGAGAUGAGGAACAGGGUCUCGAGACGCCGCUCCAGACUGAGGCAAACAGGCUGGGGGUUAACCCAGAAACCCCUGCUGUUCCGCAGGUGUCAAGCAGUGAGAGCUCCCAAUGCUUGCUGGACAUCACCGAUCACUCCUCCAACCACUCCUCCUCCACCCCUCCCUCCAUCCCCGCAGUCAUAAUAACGGACCACGGUCUGGAAAGCCAGCCUGAAACAUCCGAAGGCCCCGGCUCAGACCAGGGGCCGUGCCGCACACCGAGCCCCAGCUCCAGCCCCGUCCCUGGUCCGAACUCCUCCACCCGCUCCCUCAGGAAGCUGUCGUCCUCCUCUGCCUCCUCGGCCGGUUUCUCCUCGUCUUGGGAGGAGUCGGAGGAGGAUGUUUCCAGCGACGCGGAGAAAGGAGAGCACCUUCUCAACCCUGCCGUCCUCAGUUCAAAGCAGAAGGCACACAAGUCUUGGAAGAAGAUUAAGAACAUGGUCCACUGGUCACCGUUUGUCAUGUCCUUCAAGAAGAAAUAUCCCUGGAUACAACUGGCUGGGCACGCAGGGAGCUUCAAGGCGGGAGCCAACGGUCGUAUAUUGAAAAAACACUGUGACUGCGAGCAGCGCUGUCUGUCCCUCCUGAUGAGGGACGUGCUGCGCCCCUACGUGCCUGGUUACCACGGAGACGUGGAGAAGGACGGCCAGAAAUACAACCAGAUGGAGGAUCUGCUGGCCGAGUUUGACUUCCCGUGUGUGAUGGACUGCAAGAUGGGAGUGAGGACCUACCUCGAGGAAGAGCUGACCAAGGCUCGCAAGAAGCCCUCCCCGAGGCCUGACAUGUAUCAGAAGAUGAUCGAGGUCGAUCCCGAAGCGCCUACGCCGGAGGAAAACCAGCAGAAAGUGGUGACCAAACCCAGAUACAUGCAGUGGAGGGAGACCAUAAGCUCAACGGCUACUCUGGGAUUUAGGAUAGAGGGAGUCAAGAAGGAGGACGGGACAGUGAACAGAGACUUUAAGAAAACAAAGACGAGAGAGCAAGUUACUGCAGCCUUCCAUGACUUCGUCAAAGGAAAUAAGGACAUACUGAACGGCUAUUUAACCAGGCUGCAGGAAAUCAGAGACACUCUGGAGAUCUCCCCAUUCUUCAAAACCCACGAGGUGAUUGGCAGCUCCUUGUUAUUCGUCCACGACAGUAAAGGACGGGCCAAAGUCUGGAUGAUCGACUUCGGGAAAACCACGCCUCUUCCCGACGGGGACGAACUAACCCACCGAGCAUCGUGGGUGGAGGGCAACAGAGAAGAUGGUUACCUCUUUGGACUCGAUAGUUUGGUGGACAUCCUUUCAUCCAUGGUGAACUCUGAGACUUGAAGUCUGGGUUUAAAAAAAAAAAAAAAUCCAAGUGGACAUUUGGACACUCUACAACCGCUUGCACUCAUUCUCCCUUUACUCGGGAACACUUCGGACUUACUCAAGAAUUCCUUCACAGAUGUUUGCCCUCAUGUUGCAAACCACAACAUCCCAUAACAAUGUGAGGCCAAAUCCAUUCAUGGAUGUAACCUUUCGAUCCACUUCCGGUGGAUUUUAGGAUCUCGCUCUUCCCCAUCCAUAUUCCUUUUGAUGUGAUCCUUAAGGCCCAGCUGUAAUAGGCCGUUGUUACAUCUGUGUUUUUUCUAUUAUCACGUGUAGAAAAAUGUCUUUUCUUACAUGCAUUAUACCUUUCGACUACAGGAAUUCUCCAAUUAAGAGCAAAAAAAAAAUUAGAUAGCCUAAUGCAAACUGAAGGCUAAGGCUGGUGAUAUUCUAUAUAUUUGUUGUUACAAACAAAUCCCAUAAAACGACCAAACAAUGUCUCAGAUGUGUGAGUCUGUUUUUGGCCAGACUGUAUGUGGCUCUGUUUGUUCCUGCUGGAGAUGCAAAUCUUUAGAUCAGUUUGGGAUUUUUAUUUAUUUAUUUUUUUAAAAAGGCUGAAUAAUUUUCUGAAUAAUAUUCGAGAAACAGCUGGGCACUCUGGUUGUUAGCAAUCAUUACUCAAACAGGAGAAAAUAGUGCAUUAGUCGGGGACUAUUUUCAGCAGCGGAUUGAUACGGAUUAUAACAUUUAUGUACAAUAUUUAACGUAAUUGUUACUGUUAAAUGUACCAGAGUUAUCCAAAAGCUUUAUAUUAUAUCUGGCUUUACAUUUAAUUUGGUGCAAAAACUAAACAAAAAUCAUUAAUGCGUUUUUUGGAUGGAGCUCUACGGCACAGCAGAGUGAGCUGCAUCAGACUUCAGCUUGUCCAUUCAUUGUUUUUGCUUUCAUGGGAUUUGUUGAUAAUAAUGAAAAUUAUACAUAUAGAAAUAUUGCCAAAAUUUAAUUUACUGUGUGUGGAAUUUGAAAAUAGCUGACCUGGUGGUGGUAUCAUUUUUCUACAAACCAGCACUUAUGCUAUCCUGUUUUUAACGAUGCUGUAGUCACAUAAAAACUGUGAGUAGUGGGUUUAAAAAGUGCUGAACUCCCAUAUUUGACAUUAAAUGCCUUGAUUCGGUUGCUAUUAUACAACUAGAUAUACAACUUUGUGCAUAUGUUAGAUUCCAACUGAACUGUAUUUCCUCCUCAGCAUAUCUGUACUUAAAUGUUUGGGAUUUUUUUUUUUAUCCGUUUGACAACAAAUUCAGCACGUUGCCCACUUCUUUAAAAGAAGAAAAAUACACUUAAUUACGUUUCAAUAGUGUACAGUUGAGGGUGUUUUUACUCCUGAAAACGUGACUUUAGGCGUGUUUUUAGAGCUGAAAACAAAACUAGCCUAAGCUGUUUUUCACCUCUGUUUAACCAGUCGCACAGGAUUUAGAUACUGCAGGUCGGUCAGUGAGGGUUUCAGCGGCAGCCACGUUUGCUCCACAAUAAUCUGGCAAUAACUGGCAACUCUGUGGAGCUCACUGCAGUUUCAGUAUGUUAUGGGGGGCAUUGUUUCAUAUGUAACAUAUUUGCUGCCAACAUGGCGUCCAUUGUACUUCCCUGGCCAAACACUUACAACCCUUCUCACACAUUGUUGGGCUUGUUCACAGUGUACAGAAAGAUUUGUUAUGUUUGAUUUAGUUUUUGUAACAUUAUUUUAGUCUAGUCAAAUCCUGUGGAACACUUACAGCCAUGAACAAUCUUAUUUAAGCUAUACAGUGCCUUGACAUUACAAAGCCAAGUCAGACAACUGAAAACAUGUUCUUACUUUUUAAUGUGACGAUGGAAUUUUCUCUUAGUCUUAACUGUCGGUUUCUGUGCUUAGUCUUACCUGGGUGCAUGUUUAUUAUCCUCUUAAAGUUUGGGCUUAAUUUGUAUUUCAUUCUGUUUUUAUUUAUAACAUUAUAUAAUGUUUAGUUUUUUUUAGUGAAUGGGAUACUGUGACAUUUUGAAUUUUGGGCUGUUAUGUUGCUUUGUCCUCAAGCAUGUGUUACAGAAUGAGUGGAAGUCAAACUGCGGGGCAGGUCGCUGCCAUUGUGGACCUUAUUCAGACCACUGGACACGGCUGUAGAAAGACUGAUGAUGUUCACGUAAUGACGGUCAUUUAUUUUAUUGGGAAUGCAAACAGUCGCUAAACAAAACUGGUCAGCCAGAUGUGGGAGGAAAAAAAACUCAUAAUGUUAACAGGUUCUUGAUGAACAAUAAAAACUAAACAGUAGUUUCCACUAUAGCGUACAUUUAAAAUGCCAUGGUUUACAGUUAAUGUUUGCAGUGACAUUAGACAGAGAAACAGACUGAUUAUAAUUCCAUGCAGUGCCUUUUGUAAAGAAGUAGUUAAACAUUUUGGGAAAUACGGUUGUCAGCUUUUUUGCAGAGAUUCAGAUGAUAAGGUUGAUACCAUCCACCAGCAGCUGGUUAGCAUAGCUGAGCAUAAAGACCGGAAACAGGAGAAGCAAAACAAAUAUUUUUGAUCAAACAGACAAGAUAUGAGAUAUUGAUUAGCAGGCUUUAGAGUUGCGGGUAGCUGUUGCGUAGCUGUAAGCUAAGCUAACCGACAUCUGGCUCCAGCUUAAUUUUUAACUCUGGAAAACAGCAGAUAAACAUGUUUCCCGAAAUGUCAAACUAAGCCUUUAGGACCAACCAUCUUGGCUAAUGCUUAUGCUCCCAAAUGUGCACUUACGGUUGUUUGUUAGUAGGUAUCAUAUUGCUCUGGACUUGCUGGCUUGUGUAUUUAUUUGGAUUGUUCCUUUAAAGAAGUGUGUAUUUGGUGAACUAAAA